AUGGAAGCUGACAACCACACAGCCCCCAAACCCCCAGCUGACAACCACACAGCCCCCAAACCCCCAGCUGACAACCCCACAGCCCCCAAACCCCCAGCUGGCAAAAUACACAGCCACAAGCUUCAGCUGACAGCGAUACAGCCCCCAAGCCCAAAGCCUGUCAUACAGCCCACAAGCCCCAGCGUCAUGUUAAAAUACACAGCCCACAAGCCUCAGCUGACAACCAUACAGCCCACAAGCCCCAGCGUCAUGUUAAAAUACACAGCCCACAAGCCUCAGCUGACAACCAUACAGCCCACAAGCCCCAGCGUCAUGUUAAAAUACACAGCCCACAAGCCUCAGCUGACAACCAUACAGCCCACAAGCCCCAGCGUCAUGUUAAAAUACACAGCCCCCAAGCCCCCAACUGACAACCAUACAGCCCACAAGCCCCCAGCUGACAACCAUACAGCCAACAAGACCCCAGCUGACAACCAUACAGCCCACAAGCCCCAAAAAACACCUGAUAUUCACUACACGCUAUUGAUUCUUUUCCUCCAUAUUUAA